UCCCUUUGGCAGCAGCGAAUCCCGGAGGGAUCCCGGCUUUUUCUCCGGGAGAGAAUCCCGCGCGGCUAUUUUCCACGAACCACGACAUGCGUCCAUUUGGAAGACCGCCACCCAGGUCUCUCGGCCCCACAGGAGCAGGGUUUUCACAGGGAAUCAAGCCUGGCUUGCAGACAUGGGGCGUCAUUCCCCGUCUGUUUCCCUCGACUCAACUCCCCUCCGUCGCGUCCCCUCCGCCUCGCCUCAACUCUCCUCCAUUGCCGCCGCUCGGCCCUCACCUCGACUUCUCCUCCAUCGCCGCCACCGUGCAACACCAGCACCACCGUCUCCUGACUCUACAGAUGUUGGGGCUGCGGACGGCAGCAUCUUCCUCCCCACUCUGCCCCGUGCAUCCGCUCCGCGUCUCUGCCCCCAUUCUAUUCCGCAAUCCAUCCUCACCGCUGCCCGCUUUUCCUCGACGCUGACCAACGCCGAUCCGAUCCCCGGGGCGUACACGCACGGCAUGGCACGGUGAGCACCCUCCCCCUGCCCUCGAUCCCCCCGCUGCUGGUACUAGGCUUCAGUUCGAGGGAGGUAGCCGUCCGCCGCACUAGGCCUUUGCUUGUCCCGACCAGAACUGCAGGCGACUCGCGAUUGGGGUCGGCUCGCCGGCGGAUUGCUGGUUUCGUCGCGUGAGGCCUUAGUGUACAGCAUCUCCUUUCUAAUCUGCACAAACUUGAGGCCGAGCUCUGUGCUGGAAACAUACGCUUUCACCAAGUCAUCGGACAGCUUGUUGAGCACAAGACCGAGGAGCCAGCUCGCCGACCCAAGAGCAGUCUCCAUCUUUCCUCCGGCCGCAGGGAAGAUGACUCUGAAUUUGCAAGUAACUAGAGAUUUUUGGUAGCAAGUUUAGUUAUGGUUCUAAUGUCGAGUUUGACUCUGAAUUGCUCAAUGCUGGAGCAUGAAGUCCCAUGGCAAAAUUUCAUCCAAAAAAGUUCAUAUGCUUACUCUGAAGUUUGCGCGGCUCCAUAGUAGUCCUUUGACUCUGAAGUUUAUUUAUAGCAAGUUUAUUUCUGCUUACUGUAUACACUAUAUAGUUCAUAUGCUUUGAUUUCUUUAAUUUUUAACACUUGCUUUUUUUUAAUCGUCGUCUGCUGCAGGUAGUUGACAUCUCAGUCCAUCUUCACCAGGCCAGGCUGCCAUCGUCCGGUCCUCAGUCCUCAUUGCCUUUCUUGCUUUCUAAGAGUAGUCUCCCUGCCUCGCAUUGCUUGAUCUAAAAUAUAAACAUGCAAUCCUAUGUUUCUAGCACUAACUGGUUCUGGUAGAUCCAGUUUACUGGUUCAUGAAUGCACUUGUUGAUAUGAAUUGGUAGCAUGAACUGGUUCUGGUAGAUCCAAUUUUUAACACAUGCUAGAAGUUUUUCUGCACAAUUGCACUUGGAAGCAUUAGCCAUAGGUUGAUAGUUUUCUGACAGGUGAAGUCUGUUGUGUCAGUUUCCUUUUUUAAUUUUUGACUUUGGUUCGAGGGUUGCUGACUUUGUUUCAGUGUGUGGAUUAAAAUGCCUAUUAGUCACUACUUGCUGCUGUCCACAAAACACUGCACAUGUUUUGUGAUUUAGGAUAGGCCUCAUUAGAUCUUGAUUGGAAAAUUAAAUACAGUAGCAGCUAACCUAAAAUAUACAGUUCAUUGUAAUUCAUGCAGCCAAAGAGGUAAAUUACCAACUCAUCCUGAUUUAUCUAUUGCAAAAGUGCAGAAUACUUGGUGGAAGCCGUGCAUGAUUUGAGAUGAGUGAGGUGAUACUUCAGUGCUUAUAUUCUUCUUUCCUUUGUCUUUAGAAUCCAGUAGUCCUUUCGUAGCUGUAUUAUCACACCUGUUAUUGCAGCAGGGUGAAUAACUAACACUUUAUCUUUAGUUUGGACUGUGCAAUGAUAGCACUGCAUGACGUUAUUCCUUUUUUCCUCAUUUAUUGUGCCAUGUCUGCUGCUCAUGUUUGUUUUAAGAACAAUUUCAAUCAGAAGCAAUCGUCAAUCCUAACCCAAUCUUCUAGUUUAUCUAUAUUUUUGGUAGGUACCGCAAUCUGUCCUAUGCUUCAUCCAUUUUUUUUUUCCAGUCAUGCCCAUGCUGCAAUGUAUGCCUAACUAACGAAUUAAUAUUGUUCCUCCAUUAUGUCAUUUUUCUUUCAGAUGUUGAUAUGCUUAGAACUCCCUGUUUGUGUGACAUACCAUUCUUUUGCCAUGAGGAUAUAAGACUGCCAUGUUUAAGUGGCUUAGAGAGCUUCAGCUGUGAAGGUGCCUGAUCGAAGUCCCUCGAAGAAAAACCGCACUAUGAGAAACCAGCACGGUUAUCAGAUUUUGGGGUGUAUUAAACAGAUUAUUUCAACCACUGUGCCAAGAAGAACCCAAGCAUUACCGGUUCCCAGGAGAAGAAUUUUUCAUUUUUUUGUAUAUAUGUUCAUAGACUAGGUCAUUAUAACCCGGUUUAUAUCUAUCUAUUGUAUGUAAAGGAUGGAGAACCAUCUGUUUCAAUGCUAUCGCUAGAUUUUAGAUGAUAAUUAUUAGACAUGAUUUCAUAUUUGAAAUAUCAUUUUUGUAUAGAGAGACCUAUUCCUGAGUU